AUGUCGGUUGUUACUUUAACCAAGGAGUCCCAUAAGGACCCUACUCCCUUCAGGAUUAAACAUGACAUGGCUGACCAUGCUCUUGGACCCAAUGCAGAAGUCACGAAAUCUGACGAGUUGCCCACCUUGUACACCAGCUCUAAAGUAGCAAUUAUUGGUGGAGGUUUUGGAGGCAUGGCUACUGCCAUGACUUUGAAGGAGAAGUUGGGCGAAGACGACUUCGUCAUUUUUGAGAGAUACGACAAUUUCGGAGGUACCUGGUACGUCAACACGUAUCCUGGUUGUGCUUCGGAUAUUCCAGCCUUGUGGUAUUCUUUCUCCAACGAGUUGAACUCCAAUUGGACCCGUAUCCAACCUCCUCAGUAUGAAAUGGAGGAAUAUAUUCUCAAGGUUGCUGAAAAGCACCAGCUUAAGAAUUAUGCCAAAUUCAAAUCUUCAGUCACCAAGAUUCAGUGGAAUGACGACGCUUCCAAUUGGACUGUCUAUGUUCGUAAUGAAGACACUGGCCAAUUGACCAUUCACACUGCCAAGGUUGUAGUGGCCUGUAGUGGAGGUUUGGUAUAUCCCAAACAAUUCGAAGCUAAAGGAUUGGAGGACUUUGGUGGAAAGUACAUGCAUUCGGCACUUUGGGACCAUUCUGUAGACUUCAAGAACAAGAAAGUGGUGGUAAUUGGCAAUGGAUGCUCUGGAAAUCAGGUUAUCCCAGCAUUGUUGAAAGAUUACAACGUUAAGUCGAUCACCCAGGUGGUUAGAUCGGCACAUUAUGUCUCACCUCCUAUUCCGUCGAUUCUUCUCAAGCUCUACUACUUGUUGUCAUUUUCGAGAUUGGGGUUGUUAUUUGUGCGUUACUUCGUUAUUGCAAUAUCCGAAUUGAGAUAUCCUCUUUUCAGUGGAGAUGGAUUUUUUGCCAAACUCAUCAGAAGUGCAAGCAGGAGAGUAUGUCUCAAGUACAUGAAGACAGCUCCCGAAAAGUACCACAAAAUUCUUAUUCCAGACUUUAAGCUUGGGUGUAAGAGAUUGAUCUUUGACUACAACUACAUUCCUUCUUUGCACGACCCUAGAAUUGAACUUCGUAACGAUCCAAUUGACCAUGUUUCUAAAAAGGGACUUGUUAUGAAGUCUGGAGAAGUAAUUGAGGCCGAUAUCAUUGUAGCAUGUACCGGAUAUGUUGUUUCCAAGAGUUUCCAUGCUUACGAAAUCAUUGGUCGCAAUGGCACCAAUAUUGGUGAUAUCUGGUACAAACAAGGUGCCAGUGCUUAUAAUACUAUUUCUGUGAGAGACUGUCCUAACUUUUUUACCAUUGGUGGACCCAACUCUGCCACUGGACAUUCGUCAGUAGUGAUGGCUAUUGAGAACGGAUGUACUUAUAUGAGCAAGUUUCUUCCAAAGAUCUUGGACAAUACCUACAAAUAUGUUGUUGUCAAAACAGACAAAUACAACGAAUAUUUCGAGACCAUUCAAAAGAGAUUGAAGUCGCAGGUGUUUGGUUCGGCAUUUGGCGGAUGUGCCUCAUGGUACACUGAGAAUGGUGUCAACUCCACUGCUUACGCUUACUCUCAGAUCCAUUACUGGUGGAAGAUGAACCAUCCAGAUUACAAUGCGUACGAGUAUGUUCUAGCUGAAAACAAGAAAACAAAGUAA